AAAACAUUAUUUUCAUUUGAUUAUAAAGACAAAAAUAAAUCCAAUUGAGCAAACCAGCAACUGGAAUGUUUGUGUAUAAGAGUGUGUGUGUGUUGGUAAGGGUGUGUUGGGCAGGUGACGUCACCAGGCGGCGAGCGAGAGAAGGGGCGUGGCUCUGCUCGUGGUCGCUGUCCGUGGUACUGAGCUCGCGCGCGCUGACAGGACAGACCGAGACAGAGCGCGCGAGAGAGUUCAGCAUCUCUCUCCUCCUCAUUAAGUCUGUUUCUUCCUCUUCAUCCUGUCGGAGUGUGUGAGUGUGUGAGUGGGUGUGUGUGUCUCCGGUACCGGGACACGGCGGUGCGGUCGGUGGAGCAGGAUAGCAGGAUGGAGAGCCCGGUUCCGGUCUCUGUGCUCCGGUUUACGCUGCUGCUGCUGAUCCUCCGCCUGAGCGCCGCGAGCCACAAACACGGCUGUCUCUUUGAGGAUGAUCUAUGUGAGCCACAUGAGGUUUGCAUCAAUAAUGCAGUGUUUGGUCAGUGUCAGCGAUUUCCUGUUUCAGAGCUUUACACUUACGACGCAUCUCCAGCAGCACUGCAGAACCUGAGGAGCCUGCUUCAACAACUCGCCCAGCAAGGUUACUCAUGGCAAGAUGAUGCUACACAGCAGGUGAUUUCCAGAGAACUGCUAGCGCUACCUAAAAUCCCACUACAACACCUUGGUAAAAACUUUCCAGCUUACGGGUCACGGACUCAGCCUAGCCAUGGCGACAACAGAAAAUACUUACAGGAACUUGGCUUCCUACCUGCUGAUGUCACUUCCUCCAAACAAGGACUUCAAGGAAAGUACAAAAUUAAAGGAAUGUCUGACCUCCUGGAUUUGAUCAUGGAACCUAAAGCAAGGCCAGCUCCACCACCAUCCACCUCGCUCUUUCAACCUCGUCCAGGCUCCAAACACUCAUACCGGCCUGGACUCAAACCAGCAGACCGAACUGAGCUCCUGGACCAAACUGGGCUUCUCUCCGAGCUACAGCAGUACUUGCAGUCAGAGCCAAAAGAAGCACCUGCAGGUCCAUCUCAGAAACAGCUCCAGCAUUUCCAGCUUCAGCAUAGCUCUCCUGUCAAAGCAGGCGAUUCGAGACGACCUCCUCGACCCAGAAUCGACAAACUGUUGUUUAGGUCAGGAGCAAACCGGCCAAGAACUCAAGACUCCCUCAGCUCAGUGGAUGAGAAGUUCAUCCAAGGCGUGGUGAAACAGCUCGGACAACAGAGCCUUAACAUAGACAGCCUGACCCCGAACGACCUUGACCAGCUCUCUGAGGUCAUCACUCAGGCCCUGCAGGUGGUAGAUGAUGUAGAAGGGGUCAAAGGUCGCGAGGUCACGGUAGAAGAUGAGGGUGAGAUGAAGAGCGAGGCAGAUGCACAGGAUGGACAGACUAAAGAAAGCAGGCCAGAGACGGAGGGAAAGGACAAAGUCUUUAUCAGUCAGCUCCUGGACUUCCUGGACAGGACCUCAAGCCUUGAGGCUCCAGAUCACCCCCAUGAUGAAACGUCUCUCCUGGACUCUCUGACUCUCCCACAAACACCUGCAGCUCUGAGGUCAUCUGGAGUGGAGCUUGUCCAGAGUCGAACCACUCAGACCAGCGUGGACUUGACCAAGAAGAAGACGGAGCCGGACACGCUGGACCUGCACCUCGCAGGAGAUGCUGAGGUGGAGCAGUGGCUGCGUGGAGAAGAAGCUGUGGAUGCAGAAGCUCUGCACAAGCAGAACCACACAGAGGAAGAGGACGUGGAGAAGGAAGGUGGACAUAUGGAGAAGAAAGGUGGACACGUGGAGAAGAAGUUCAGGGUGGACGUGACGGCGUACUCCGCCCCUCAGCACGACGGCAACUUUGGCUACAUCAUCACGCAGGACUCUCUCUCCACUGACCAGGGUCUUAGUCUGAUAGAAACCUUGGCUAAGAGAGCAAACCUGCGUGUGACCGACUUCCUUCAGCUCUCGGUUCUUGGUCCUGCAGUAACCUUCAGAGUGAAACCCAACACUGGGAACAUCACCACAGCACUGCUGGCCCGAGUGGCAGUUGAGCAGAAAGGCCAGUUGGAGAAGGAGAGCGGUGUGAAGAUUUUGGAAGCCGGACUGAGUGAUCGGUCCAAGCUGAAUCAAAUCCCUGUGGUCAAGCAAAGCCGCCUCGAACCCAGCAACUUCCUGGUUCUGGUCCUGGUCUCCAUGGCGUUCGUUGCCGUGGUGCUUGGCCUGUCCGGGGCGCUCUUCUGCAUGCGCCGCCGCUCCGGUUACGAACUGAAAGAGAAGCUGGUUGGCAUGGCAACAGACACCGGGAACGAUGCCACAACGACCUAUCAGGAUCUAUGUCGUCAGCGCAUGGCAGAGCGCAGCUCGGAUGUUUUCCAUCAUGCCACACACACGUCACGCAUCAACAGCGUGUCAUCACAGUUCAGUGACGGAGCGACUCAGAGUCCAUCAGCACGCAGCAGCACAUCGUCAUGGAGCGAAGAACCUGCACAGAGCAACAUGGACAUCUCUACAGGACACAUGAUCCUGGCGUACAUGGAGGAUCAUCUGCAGAAUCAGGAUCGUUUAGAGAAGGAGUGGGAAGCCCUGUGCAGUUAUCAGGCCGAGCCGGCCACAUGUUCUUCGGCUCAGGAUAAAAACAACACCAAGAAGAACCGACCCAACGGCGUGCUCACGUAUGAUCACUCGAGAGUGAUGCUGAAGGCGGAGAAUAACCAGAGCGGAUCGGACUACAUCAACGCUAGCCUCAUUAUGGACCACGACCCCCGUAACCCAGCCUACAUCUCAGCUCAGGGUCCUUUGUCAUCUACGGUGGCCGACUUCUGGCAGAUGGUGUGGGAGAGUGGCUGCGUGGUGAUCGUCAUGCUAACACCGCUAUCAGAGAACGGAACCAAACAAUGCCACCAAUACUGGCCGGACGAAGGGUCGGACCUGUACCACAUCUAUGAGGUCAAUUUGGUGUCAGAGCACAUCUGGUGCGAGGACUUCCUGGUGCGCAGUUUCUACCUGAAGAACGUCCAGACCAACGAGACACGUACCGUAACCCAGUUCCACUUCCUGUCAUGGAUGGACCAGAAUGUUCCUGAGUCAGCUCGAACCCUGCUGGACUUCCGCAGAAAGGUUAACAAGUGUUACAGGGGACGAUCGUGUCCAAUAAUCAUCCACUGCAGUGAUGGAUCAGGAAGAAGUGGGACGUACAUCUUGAUAGACAUGGUACUGAAUAAAAUGGCAAAAGGUGCUAAGGAGAUCGAUAUCGCUGCCACUCUGGAACAUCUGAGGGAUCAGAGAGCAGGCAUGGUGCACACCAAGGAGCAGUUCGAGUUUGCGCUAACCGCCGUGGCUGAGGAGGUGAACGCCAUCCUCAAAGCUCUGCCACAGUGAUGAUGCUUCUACACACACACACACACACACACACACACACACACACACUCACUCACUCACUCACUCUAUCUUCUCUUCCUGUGACUCAGUCGUCUAUUUGUCACAAAUCUGUGCUUCUGCUCGUCAUGCAUAUAGGGAAACUUCUUACUGAUCUUCCUCUGUGUGACACACACACACACACACAUCAACUUCAAACAAUUUCAAAUAUUCUAUUUCAAAUAUUAAAAAUGUUUUAUUGUGAUGAAAUUAAGAGAUUGUAUUUUGUGAUGAACUUAUAGCAGUGUGUAUUAUAGCUAAUAAGUGUGUGUGUGUUAUAGCUAAAAUAUAUAUCAGAUCUAUCUAUAUAUUUAUUACAUCUACAGUGUAUAUACAAAUUGUGUGUGUGCGUGUGUGUGUGUGUGGUGUGUAUGCACUGUGUGUGUGUUAGGUUGUUGAAGCAGCAUAGCAUCUUGUCCGAUCUCAUAUACACACACACACACACACACGAGCAAUAUCAGUGCGAUGAUCAUUAAGCUCAUCUGGUUUGAAACACACACACGUUGUGGUUAUUGUGUUUCUGUAUGAUGUCCAUCAAACAGGACAAAAACUACAUCCUUCAGACAUUUAUACAUCAAAAUUUUUUUGUGUGGAGAAUCAUGAAGAACGUCUAAUAAAGUCUACCAUGAUGGA